UUGUGGUCAUCGGCUCUGUGUCUGCCAAAUUCAAAAAAUGAGAUCAGGGAAGCUGCCAGUCUCUGGGAAAACCAUAAUGCUGCUAUGCCUUGCUAGCUUUCUGGCAGGAACUAUUUUUGCUAGCCGGAAAUGGACUCAACCUGAUUCUGAAAUAAACACCGACCUCGUGAUCCCCACUAUGUCUAAUCAUGAAAAGCUUAGCACCAUUUCACGCGAAUGUGAUCACAAGCGUAAAUUAGCGGAAAGCAAUUCCGGAUACAUCAUGGGGGAAGUCAUGAAAACCCAUCAAGCUAUUAAAUCACUUGAUAAAAGUAUAUCUACAUUGGAGAUGGAACUAGCUAUAGCAAGGACAAGGCAAAAAGUCACCCAACAUACAAAGGAAAACAGAGCAUCAAAUCAGAGCAUUCCAAAUAAAGCAUUUAUGGUGAUUGGAAUAAAUACGGCAUUCAGCAGCAGAAAAAGACGCGAUUCUCUAAGAGAAACAUGGAUGCCUAAAGGAGAUAAGCUACGGAAAUUAGAGAAAGAGAAGGGGAUAGUAAUACGGUUUGUGAUAGGACGUAGUGCUACACAAGGAGGAGUUUUGGAUCGUGCCAUUGAUAGCGAGGAGGCUCAGUACAAAGAUUUCCUUCGACUUGACCACAUCGAGGGUUAUCAUGAGCUGUCCACCAAGACGAGAUUAUAUUUCUCUAAAGUUGUCUCCAUUUGGGACGCGGACUUCUACGUUAAAGUGGAUGAUGAUGUCCAUCUCAACUUGGGUAUGCUUGCUGGUACAUUAGCAAAAUACAAAUUAAAACCACGAGUCUAUAUUGGGUGCAUGAAGUCAGGGCCAGUUCUUUCCCAAAAAGGAUUAAAGUAUCAUGAGCCGGAGUAUUUGAAAUUCGGAGAAGAAGGGAACAAGUAUUUCAGGCAUGCGACAGGUCAAAUAUAUGCCAUCUCAAGAGACCUUGCAGCUUACAUCUCCAUGAACUCGGGUAUAUUACAUAGAUAUGCAAAUGAAGAUGUUUCAUUGGGAUCGUGGUUAAUUGGGCUGGAAGUGGAACAUGUGGAUGAACGUUCAAUGUGCUGUGGGACUCCUCCAGAUUGUGAAUGGAAGGCAAAAGGAGGGAAUAUGUGUGUGGCAUCAUUUGAUUGGUCAUGCAGCGGAGUAUGCAAUUCGGUAGAGAGGAUGAAACAUGUGCAUCACUCAUGCGGCGAAGCUGAUGCAGCUGUAUGGAAUCUUGCUAAUCCUCUCUAG